CGUUUUACAGAAAGGAUGUGAGGACAAAGUCACACGGCUGACAUUGCGUAGACAGAGCUAUGGAUAGAGAGGACAGAGAGGUGAUAGCUCCGUACUUCACGGGGAAGAACAAGGCACUGAAGCUGACUGAAGUGUUGGAAAUACUGGAGAACCCUGAUGACACAAGGGCUUUAGUAACACCCCCUGCUAAACCCCAUGGAGGAGACGGGUACUUGUACAGGGUGGAGGCAGACUCGGCGGAAGACUCCUGGAAAAAUGACAACUACUACUUCAAGCAUAAUGGUUCUCGUGAACAGCCCAAACCUGCACCCAAGGUUCUCAAGCAGUACUUCGUGGCUUAUAAAAGUGAUGGCAGCACCACCAAGGCUUUUAAACGACAGGCAUACAACUUGCUCGAGGGAGACGUGAAAUAUAUGUUAGUACACUACAUUGGGAAAUUCACCGUAGCAUUAUCCGAUCCAAAAUAUGAGAAGCGUUUGAAUACAGCCCUCCACCAUGAAUCCCAGAUAGUGAACAGUUACGCGAGAAUAGCUGGUUCUGGAGAUGAAGAUGGUGGAGAUUGGGAGACCAGGGAUAUGGAAUGUGAUCAUGAUCGUGCAAAUACUAACUCUCCUACUUUCCUGGCUUCCUUAGAUGAAGUUAGCUCAAGGAAAAGGACACAUGACCCUGAUAUGGUAAAUCGUGUGAAAACUCCUAAACGUUCAGAAAACGAACGAGUUAUAGAAAAGAUUUUGAUGGACAUAACCACCGAAUGUGUUAGUCAUCAACAUGAUGAAAGAGCGACCAGCCUCAAGUCACUCACCGAAUAUUUGCUGAACAAACGUACUCAUAUCGUUAUCGCAAGACGUCUGUUGAAGCAGACAAAAUACUGGGAGAAAAGCACCAGCUUUUCUACCUUUGACAGUCCAUGUUUAUCAUUAAUCGCUGACAUCGACUGUAAAUGGAGAAAUGACCUCACAGAAGUCAGUGGCAGGUUGAAAUGGUCACGACUUAGCCCGGAUGUUCUCGGCGAGGACCAGUGCAAGGAGACGUAUCACAGACUGGUAUCUGCUGUCAUAGUAGGUGCAUAUCACAUGAAGACGGACAUCACAGAGUUUGUUGACACCCUCUAUAUGUACCCAUCACAUGUGAUGGGUGACAACGCCUUAACAGAUGACGACGAUGGGACGGAUCCUCAGAUGUGCAAGGUGGGGCCCCACAACAUACAGAGGAAUCAUCUCCUCGAUCAAACAGCAUGGCUUGGCGAUGAGGUGAUGAAUGCAUACAUGCAUGUCCUGAAGACCACGUGGAAUAGGAUCCACAGCCGCCACUGCGCUGUACUUGAUUCCUUCCUUGUCAACCAUUGGGAGAAAGACGAGUAUGACGUGCACCCCUGCAAGGAGGAACUUGGAACUUACACGUGGAUCCUGAUGCCAGUGAACAUGCCACUGAAUCAACACUGGGUGCUUCUGGUCGCCAAUGUCCAGGAUGGAACAGUGGGCGUGGUCAACUCUAAGCCUGUCCUUGAUGUAGGGGACAAACUUAUACAACAUUGGAGAAAAUAUACACGCUGUUUGAGGAGAGGUGAUGGGUCAGUGAUCACAUGGACAAAGACAGAAUAUCCAGUACUGAGUCAAAGUGAUGGACAUAGCUGUGGCGUGUUUGUGAAUAUGGCAGCAGAAGCUGUACUAUCGGAGGUGCCUCCCAGUGUCAUGAGAAGCUGCCACACUGUCUGGUACAGGAAGUACAUCUGGCGCAGGUUGCGAGAAUAUGCUGGUGAACAUAUUCCGCCUGAUACUGACACACAUAUGCUUGAGUCUCCAUGUGAAAAGCUGACAAAUAAUCCAGCGUCAACGAAUGCCAGAGCGUUUGCGUAUACAAUAGUCAAUAUGUCGACCAGCAUAGAUGAUACGAGAUACAGUUUGCAUAAAGCAGCCAGCCUCGGUGAUAUAAGACGCAUGCACUUGUUGAUAGACCAGGGGGAGGAUGUAGCAGGUACCGAUGACCGAGGAUGGACGCCUUUGCACUGUGCCUGUGAAAACGGUCACGUUGAAGCUGUCUCUGAUCUGGUUUCCAGGAGGACGGGCGACGUACAAAAUAGAGCUCAACUUACAUUGUACAAUCCUGUCUUAGGAACGGAGUAUACGUAUCUAGCAGGAGCAUAUCCACUCCACAUUGCUUGUUUAAAUGGACAUGAGAAUGUAGCGCACAUUUUGAUCAAUAGCGAGGCAAAUGUUGACGACAAAAGUGAAAAUGGAACAACAGCUCUUUUUCUUGCUUCUAUUAACGGACAUGAAUCUGUAGCCGCACUUCUGAUCAAGAAUGGUGCAAGUGUUACAGCUGAGGACGAGGGCGGAUGGACGGCACUAUAUGUAGCUUGUCAGAAUGGACAUGAAUCUGUAGCCGCACUUCUGAUCAAGAAUGGUGCAAGUGUUACAGCUGAGGACAAGGACGGAUGGACGGCACUAUAUGUAGCUUGUCAGAAUGGACAUGAAUCUGUAGCCGCACUUCUGAUCAAGAAUGGUGCAAGUGUUACAGCUGAGGACGAGGGCGGAUGGACGGCACUAUAUGUAGCUUGUCAGAAUGGACAUGAAUCUGUAGCCGCACUUCUGAUCAAGAGUGGCGCUAGUGUUACAGCUGUUAAUAAGAACGGACAGACGGCACUACAUCAAGCUUGUCAUGAUGGGCAUGAAUCUGUAGCCGCACUUCUGAUCAAGAAUGGUGCAAGUGUUACAGUUCAGGACGAGGACGGAUGGACGGCACUAUAUGUAGCUUGUCAGAAUGGACAUGAAUCUGUAGCCGCACUUCUGAUCAAGAAUGGUGCAAGUGUUACAGCUGAGGACAAGGACGGAUGGACGGCACUACAUGUAGCUUGUCAGAAUGGACAUGAAUCUGUAGCCGCACUUCUGAUCAAGAGUGGCGCUAGUGUUACAGCUGUUAAUAAGAACGGACAGACGGCACUACAUCAAGCUUGUCAGGAUGGGCAUGAAUCUGUAGCCGCACUUCUGAUCAAGAAUGGUGCAAGUGUUACAGUUGAGGACGAGGACGGAUGGACGGCACUAUAUGUAGCUUGUCAGAAUGGACAUGAAUCUGUAGCCGCACUUCUGAUCAAGAAUGGUGCAAGUGUUACAGCUGAGGACAAGGACGGAUGGACGGCACUACAUCUAGCUUGUCAGAAUGGACAUGAAUCUGUAGCCGCACUUUUGGUCAAUAGUGGUGCAAGUGUUACAGCUGAAGACAAGUACGGAUGGACGGCACUACAUCGAGCUUGUCAGGAUGGACAUGAAUCUGUAGCCGCACUUCUGAUCAAGAAUGGUGCAAGUGUUACAGCUGAGGACAAGGACGGAUGGACGGCACUAUAUGUAGCUUGUCAGAAUGGACAUGAAUCUGUAGCCGCACUUCUGAUCAAGAAUGGUGCAAGUGUUACAGCUGAGGACGAGGACGGAUGGACGGCACUAUAUGUAGCUUGUCAGAAUGGAUAUGAAUCUGUAGCCGCACUUCUGAUCAAGAGUGGCGCUAGUGUUACAGCUGUUAAUAAGAACGGACAGACGGCACUACAUGUAGCUUGUCAGAAUGGACAUGAAUCUGUAGCCGCACUUCUGAUCAAGAGUGGCGCUAGUGUUACAGCUGUUAAUAAGAACGGACAGACGGCACUACAUCAAGCUUGUCAGGAUGGGCAUGAAUCUGUAGCCGCACUUCUGAUCAAGAAUGGUGCAAGUGUUACAGCUGAGGACGAGGACGGAUGGACGGCACUAUAUGUAGCUUAUCAGAAUGGACAUGAAUCUGUAGCCGCACUUCUGAUCAAGAAUGGUGCAAGUGUUACAGCUGAGGACAAGGACCGAUGGACGGCACUACAUGUAGCUUGUCAGAAUGGACAUGAAUCUGUAGCCGCACUUCUGAUCAAGAAUGGUGCAAGUGUUACAGCUGAGGAGAAGGACGGAUCGACGGCACUACAUCUAGCUUGUCAGAAUGGACAUGAAUCUGUAGCCGCACUUCUGAUCAAGAAUGGUGCAAGUGUUACAGCUGAGGACAAGGACGGAUGGACGGCACUAUAUGUAGCUUGUCAGAAUGGACAUGAAUCUGUAGCCGCACUUCUGGUCAAUAGUGGUGCAAGUGUUACAGUUGAGGACAAGUACGGAUGGACGGCACUAUAUGUAGCUUGUCAUAAUGGACAUGAAUCUGUAGCCGCACUUCUGAUCAAGAGUGGUGCAAGUGUUACAGCUGAGGAGAAGAACGGAUGGACGCCACUACAUCUAGCUUGCCAGAAUGGACAUGAAUCUGUAGCCGCACUUCUGAUCAAGAAUGGUGCAAGUGUUACAGCUGAACAUAAAGACGGACGAACGGCAUUACAUCAAGCUUGUCAGAAUGGACAUGAAUCUGUAGCCGCACUUCUGAUCAAGAAUGGUGCAAGUGUUACAGCUGAGGAGAAGGACGGAUGGACGGCACUACAUCUAGCUUGUCAGAAUGGACAUGAAUCUGUAGCCGCACUUCUGAUCAAGAAUGGUGCAAGUGUUACAGCUGAGGACAAGGACGGAUGGACGCUUCUGGUCAAUAGUGGUGCAAGUGUUACAGCUGAGGAGAAGGACGGAUGGACGGCACUACAUCUAGCUUGUCAGAAUGGACAUGAAUCUGUAGCCGCACUUCUGAUCAAGAAUGGUGCAAGUGUUACAGCUGAGGAGAAGAACGGAUCGACGGCACUACAUCUAGCUUGCCAGAAUGGACAUGAAUCUGUAGCCGCACUUCUGAUCAAGAAUGGUGCAAGUGUUACAGCUGAGGACAAGGACCGAUGGACGGCACUACAUGUAGCUUGUCAGAAUGGACAUGAAUCUGUAGCCGCACUUCUGAUCAAGAAUGGUGCAAGUGUUACAGCUGAGGAGAAGGACGGAUGGACGACACUACAUGUAGCUUGUCAGAAUGGACAUGAAUCUGUAGCCGCACUUCUGAUCAAGAAUGGUGCAAGUGUUACAGCUGAGGAGAAGGGCGGAUGGACGGCACUACGUGUAGCUUGUCAGAAUGGACAUGAAUCUGUAGCCGCACUUCUGAUCAAGAGUGGCGCUAGUGUUACAGCUGAGGACGAGGACGGAUGGACGGCACUACAUCUAGCUUGUCAGAAUGGACAUGAAUCUGUAGCCGCACUUCUGAUCAAGAGUGGCGCUAGUGUUACAGCUGAGGACAAGGACGGAUGGACGGCACUAGAUCUAGCUUGUUUUAAAUGGGAAUGAAUCUGUAGCCGCACUUCUGGUCAAGAAUUGUGCAAGUAUUACAGCUGAGGACAAGGACGGAUGGAAUAAAGAGUAAAUAAUAGCCAACUUUAGUACUACUAUUACAGUCUGAAGUACGUGUAACAGAUGUCGCGUCUCCUUGGGCAAGUGACUUUGUUCGAAUUGUCCCUUUUUUCCACCCAGCAGUGAGCGGGUACCCGGUAGGAUGAGAUGGCAAUGUGGUUGUUAACCUUCUAGCGCCUAACAGGCAGCUUUGUUUGUAUACUCUCCAUUGAGCUGAGAAUGAUUUUUGGGUGAACACUUUUCAAUGUCUAAGCUUAGAGUAUGCUUGUGCAUGGAGAACAGCGCCAUUCAAAUAACGUGGAUUUUAUGUCCGCUUUCGGGUUUGAUUUUUAUUUGUUGCAAGGUCAUAGGAGUUGCCUACCAUGUCAGUUUUCGCAACUGUCCUUGUUUCAUGGACAGAGGUUCAUAUAAACCAUGAAACGUUUACUCAAAUACAUGUCUGAUUUGUAUUACUGUCCAAUGAUAUUUAAAAUGCUUUGAAUAAUAAAAAGAAAUAUUCAGAGAA